UAGUUCGAAAUUGAGAAAUCAUAAUUAAUCAAUUAUUCUGGAAAUAUCACUAAUAAGUUGAUGAAUAUUUGAUUAUUUUUUUUAUAUAUUAUUGUGAUUAUCAUUAUAAUUAUCAUUAGUUUAUAACUUUAUCAACUAUAUAGUUUCCCAUAAUGAGUUCAGGAGUAAUAGAUGAUGAGGAAGAUCCAUGGUCAUACUCAUUUCCUGCUUCUAAUGAUUCAUUACCAAUAAAUAGUUCAAAUGAAGUUAAUAAAGAAGAAACUGAAAGAAAUACUAGUAGUACAAAUAGUAGUAAUAAUUCCAAUAAAUUAAAUAACAGAUUAUCAGUAGAGAGUAAUGGAUCAAAUUUAUAUCUUGGAGUUAUCAAUAAUGAUAAGAAAAUUGAUAGUACAAUGGAUUCAGAAUCUCAAUUAUCAUCUAAUUCUUCUUUAGAGAAGGCAUCAAUGGAAUUAAGACAUAGAAAAUUACAUAUAGUAACUCCAACUUCAAAGGCUUCAAGAUCAUCAUUAUCAUUACAAUCUCCAUUUAUUCAAAAAUCAACUCCGGCUGAUCCUAAAACGACAAAGCAUGAUGCAAAUUCAAUUAUUUCAAAAGAUUCAAGUGGUAAUGGAUUAUUUCAAGAAUCUAUUAGACCAGAAGAAUAUUUAAGUCCUACUAAAUCUGGAUUUCUUGGAAAUUUACAAGGAUUACUGAAUUUACCAUCUGAUUCAACAGUUAAUGAACCAAAGGAUAAUUUAAUUUCUUCACCAAAAAGUAUUAAUGAUAUUGGAUCUCCAAGAGAUUCACCAAAGAUAAUUGCUUAUAGAAAAUCAAGACGAACAAUAAGUGAAGGCAAUUAUUUACCAUCAAUUGAUACACCAGAUAAUGUACCAAUUGAAAAAUUUGAUUCAAGAUUAUAUGUUGAUGAAUUUUUUGCUGAUAGUAAUUAUAGAUAUGCAGCAUUAAAGAGAAAUAUUGAUUUUCAUCAACUUUUUAGAUCAAUUGAUUUAACUGAUAGAUUACUUGAAGAUUUUGCUUGUGCAUUAAGUCGAGAAAUUUUACUUCAAGGUAGAAUUUAUAUUAGUGAAAAUUAUAUAUGUUUUAAUUCCAAUUUAUUAGGUUGGGUUACUAGUUUAAUUAUUCCUAUGAAUGAUAUAAUUGGAUUUGAAAAGAAACAUACUGCUGGAUUAUUUCCUAAUGGAAUUGCUAUAGAAACCAAUGAAAUUAAACAUACUUUUGCAAGUUUUUUAUCAAGAGAUAUGACAUUUGAUUUUAUAGUAAAAGUUUGGGAAGAAAGUACGGGAAGAAAAUUAGAAUCAUCAGAAACUGCCAGUAGUAAGAAUGAAAAAAUUGAUAAUCAAAAUAAUGAUAAUAUAAUUAAUUCUUCAAAUAUACCUAAUUUAGAUAUUAAUGAUCAAAAAUGUUUACCAGAAGAAUCACCUCGAAUUCAUAAUUAUAUUAUGUCAAUUGAUGAAAAUGAAGCAGAAGAAUAUUCUGAAGAUGAAGAUUCUCAAGAUGAAGAUUCUCAAGAAGAAUUUACAGAAUAUAUAUCUUCACCAAUUGUAGGUACAAGUGAAAAUGGUGGAUAUAUUGAUCAACAUAAAAUUACUUCAAAAAUAUUAAAAUUUAAACCUGAUUCAAAAUAUAAAAAUUUAGGUCCUGAUACUCAUUCUCCCACCCAAGUUGGAGAUUCAUUUACUCCAGAAGAUAAUGAAAUUGAACUUUGUGAAGAAAUUAUAGAUGCUCCAUUAGGAAUUAUAUUUGAUAUAACAUUUGGUGAAACUAAUACUUCAUUUCAUCGAAAUUUUAUAGAAACUCAUGAUGGUUCAGAACUUUCUGAAUAUAGUAUAUUUCAACCUCUGGAAGAUGAUCCUACUAAAUCAGAAAGAUCUUAUACAUAUAGAAGAGCUUUAGGAUAUUCAAUUGGACCAAAAUCUACUAAAUGUGAAGUAACUGAAGUUAUUGAACAUUUAAAUUUUGCUGAUUAUAUUAAUAUUGUAACAACCACAUCGACUCCUGAUGUACCCCUGGGGAAUUCAUUUACAGUAAAGACACGAUAUUUAUUUACUUGGGCAGAAGAUAAUAAAACUAAAUUAAACAUGUCAUUUUUUAUUAAAUGGACAGGAACUUCAUGGAUUAAAGGAGUUAUUGAAAAACAAUCUUUAGCAGGACAAAAAGCUGUUAUUAAAGAUUAUAUUGAUGGAUUAAAGAAAGAAAUUAAUCAAUGUACAAUAUUAACUGAAGGUAUAAUAACUCCUCCUAUACCUAUUAAUGAAGAAAUUCGUCCAAUUAUUUCAACACCAAAAGUUAAGAAAGUUAAAAUUAGUAAAGAAAAUGUUAAUGUUUCAAGUGGAGGAAGUGUUGGAUUUAUUAAAAAUAAUCUUAUUUAUGUUCUUUAUUUAAUCUUAUCAUUUUUUGUUUUGUUAUUAAUUAUUCAAUUAAGAUUAUUUAAAGUUGUUAAUGAAUCUAAUGAACUUAUUAAGAGUCAAGUAUUAAUAAAUACUCAUUUAUUAUAUGCAAUACAAGCCAUAACACCUUCACAAGCUGAUGAAAUAAUUUAUAAAUCUAAUGAUGAAGAUCAAUUAUGGAAAUGGGUAGAUAAAACAUAUGGAAAGAAAUUAAGUCCAGUUGAAAAAGUGAAAUUUUUAACUUAUCAAUUACAAAAUAUAUAUCAAGAUGAAGAAUCUGAUAUUACAAAUAAACAUAAAAACAAUAAAAAGAUAACCUUUAAUGAUAUAAAAAAGCUGGUUAAAAAUUUCAACUAUCAAGAUUAUUUGAAUGUUGAUGAUAUUAAAGAAAAGUUACUAUAA